UGCUCACUUUAUAAAAGUCGUUUUCGCAAAAAUGUUACCGGUUUGCAUUUUUUUGUUCGUUUUAAUUGGUAAUAGUGAAAGUGCGAGGAUUCUUUUCGUCGGGGGAACUCCAUCGUACAGUCACCAAGUCGUUUAUCAACCAAUUUGGAAAGAAUUAUCCUUGAGGGGGCAUCAAGUAACCGCAAUAACUUCAAAUCCUUUAAACGAUGCCUCGUUAAGUAAUUUAACCGAAAUUGACACUUCCUUUGUUUAUAAAUUAAUCGAUGAAAAAUACAAAUUCGGCGAAACUUUGGAUCGGUUAAAAGAUGACACGUUAAAAUUCGCUAAAUACUUCUUAAAUUUACUCAGUAGUAUGAGCGAAGAGCAAUUAGCGAGCGAUCAAGUUCAAGAAUUAAUUAAUUCUGAUGCAAAUUUCGACUUGGUGAUAGCCGAAUUCUUAUUACCCACUCAUUUAGCGUUCUCCCACCGAUUUAACUGUCCCUUAAUCGCAAUCACAUCCCUCGACGCUUCAUUACCUGGACACGACUCAGUCGGAAAUCCUUCUCACCCCGUUUUAAACCCAGACUCACUUUUACAAUUCAACGGGGAUUUAACAUUCCUCCAACGUGUAACCAGCACCAUUUAUAACAUCAUCAGGAGAAUCACCUUCGAAAGCGUUAAAAGCAAAGAAGACGAAAUCGUUGCGAAGUACUUCGGAGAGGGGUACCCACCAUUAACGGAGAUCAUCGAUAGGAUUGAUAUGUUUUUUAUGAAUGUUAAUCCAGCGUUUCAUAAUUUAAGACCCACAGUUCCUGCCGUUGUCCAUAUCGGUGGGGGGAUGAAUAUUAGGCCCCCGAAGAAGUUACCAGAGGAAUUACAAACGUUUUUGGAUAAUGCGAAAGAAGGGGUUAUCUACUUUAGUAUGGGAACGAACGUGAGAACGUCGACUUUAUCCGAAACCUUCUUAAAAGUGCUUUUAGAAAGUUUCGCAAAAUUACCAUAUAAAGUUUUAUGGAAAUUGGACAACGAAAAUCUGCCUAAUAAAUCGGAUAACAUUUUAAUAAGGAAGUGGUUACCGCAACAAGACGUCUUGCGGCACAAGAACGUAAAAAUUUUCAUUACACAGGGUGGUCUGCAAAGUAUCGAGGAAGCGAUCAACUUUAAAGUGCCCCUUUUGGCGGUGCCCUUCUUCGCGGAUCAAUUCAGCAACGCGAAACAAAUCGAGGUGAAAAGAAUCGGAAAAGCGUUGGAUCACCAUAAAGUUACAACGGAAGAAUUCGUCGGCGCGGUGCAAGAAAUUUUAGGAAACUCUGAGUACCAAGAGAACAUUGAUGAGUUAUCUAAGAUAGCUCAUGACCAACCGAUGAGUGGGUUGGAAAAAGCGGUGUGGUGGAGCGAGUAUGUUCUCAGAAAUAAAGGGGCGAAACAUCUAAGAAGCCCUGCAUUAAAAAUGCCGAUUUAUCAAUAUUUGCUUUUGGACGUUUUGCUGUUUAUAAUCGCAACGUUUGGGGUUCUUGGGUACUUAAUCUUGAAGAUGGGAAGGUACCUUUUUGGGAAAGUCAAUUUGGAAAAGAAGAAAACUCAAAAAUUGCUGUGAUAAAAAAUGUAAAAAAAUUAAUAAAAAAUUAAAUUAAA